AUGGCUGCUGCAGCUGGAACCGCGGCAGCGCCAGCUGUAGCGACCGACGGGCCGCUAUGGAAGACGCGAUUCCUGGACUAUUUCGUGGUGUGCGGCUUAGGUCUGGACCUGCGGUUAAUGGACGGCACUCGCGGAUUCCACGGCAUGAAGAGCCAUGGUGUGCGCAUUUCGUACAUGCCUGUGCUCAUCGACCGCCUGCCGGCUGAGGAGCACAAGAAAUUCAAGAUCCCGGAAAUGUUACCGUUGGCCGUGCUCCCCGGCGGGCUGCGCUUCUACAGCCAUGGCGCCAACCAGGACGAGCCGCUGUCGUUCCCGCGAUCCUACCCCAUCAUCCUCACCGAGGGCGACGGCACCAAGGUGUACGUGUCAGUGCUGGCGUUCCGCGACCUGGUGGACGAUGACGUGGCGCAGGCGUACUCCAUCCCGCCCAACUCGUACGCGGACAAGUGUCUGUGCGUGGUGUCGCACUACCCCUUCCUCGACACCUUCGCCGACCUCCUCACUGAGAUCCACCGCCUCGCCUUCCAACCGCUCGGCAGCCCGCGGCCGAUAUGGGACAUAAUAGCGGGGGUGAUGUCGGUGCCGCUGCCAUCAAGCCCGCAGCAGACGGUGGUGUUCAGCGUUGAGAGCGUCGUGCUCUCCACCACCCUGCCUGACCCCAACGCCCUCCCCUCCUCGCACGUGUCGUUUCUCCCCCUUGUAAGCUGUCUCGACAUUGACAACAUCAUCCAGCUCUUCACAGCCGUGCUCCUGGAGAGAAGAGUGCUGCUGCUUGGGGGCAUGCUGAAGAUACUGACAAACGUGGCGGAGGCGGUGUCAGGGCUGCUUUACCCCUACAAAUGGAUGCUGCCGUACAUCCCAGUGCUGCCGCUGCCACUGCUGGAGCUGCUGCACGCGCCGGGCAUCUUCAUCUACGGCAUCAACACCUCCGAGUUCGAACUGCAGGACGAACUCGAUGGGGUGGUACUGGUGGAUCUGGAUUCCAACCGCGUGCGCAUGAUGAGUCUGGAGAGCGAGCAGGAGGAGGAGGACAUCCCGCCGCUGCCCGAGCCCGAGGCCUCCGAGCUGAGGGCGGCACUGCACGCGCUGAUCCACCCGCACCUGGCGGUGCUGGAGUCGGUGAGGCACCACCGCUCGCCGCUGCUGGCUGCGGGCGUGCAGCAGUUUGACGAGAAGACGUUCAAGACGUGGGGCCGCCACCACGACGAGCAGUUCCGGCAGCUGUUUCUGCGCUUCCUGGCGUCCGUGCUGCAUGGCUACAAGGACUUCGUGAUGGAGGAUCAUUUUGAGGCGGGCAAGCUGGUGUUUGACAAGCUCAGCUUCCUGCUGCGCCGCUCCGAGCUCUACGAUCACGCCACCGAGCCCUUCAUAGAGGCGAUGCUGUCGACGCUGGGGUGGCACAACUUCUUUGAGUGCGAGCUGGCGCAGUCGCCCGAGGAGCUGACGCAGUUUGACGCCAUCAUGCAGCGCGCACACAACAAGGACCCCCACAUCACAAUCCCCCCGCUGCCUCCCACCGACUUCCUCACCGUCGACAUCUACCAGGCGCUGCCAGCGGCGAAGCGGGGAGCAGUGGGGCGGUACGUGUACCAGCGCUUCCCCAACAACGAGAAGGCCGGCGGCGAGCAGGAGGCCAGAAGUCUGGCGGUGGAGAAGGCCAUGAGGGCGUGGCUCAAGGAGCGGCGUCUGGGGCGCACGCGCAGCUCCAAGGAGCGAGGGGCACAAAGGGAGAUGAUGAAGGUGGACACACAAGUGCGCCUCUGUCAACUAUGGGACCAACUACGAGGGCUUCCUCCCGGCGAGCACCCCAUGGGCUCAGAGCAUUACGGCACUAUCUACGGAAUGAUCGAGUCGGACCCCGAGGGCUUUGGGGGCUCCAGCUUCCUCGCGUGCCUGGAGGAGAACAUCACCAUCGGGUGGUCGGGCGAGCUCACUCGAGAGAUGUUCAUGGCGUGUCGUGAGCUGAUGCUGGUGGCAGCGGCGAGGGCGGGGGAGAGGAGGGACUACCAGGUGGCGGGGGGGCUGUUGGAGAUAGCGGGGCGCAUCUACUUCCGGGACGAGUUCGGCAUGCUCGACUUCAUGCGCCGCUACCUCGGCUCCCUGCACGUCUGGCACUCGCAGGCCCUAUGGGACGAGCUCUUUGAGCAGCGCAUGCAGGAGCUUGGAGAAGAUUCCUUUGGCAACUAUUCACAGAUGGUCAUGCUCACACUCAAAGCCUGCGCCUUCCACAUGGUACCCGCCCCGCCCCACCUCCCUUCCCCCACGCACCACCUCCCGUCUCCUCCCGCCCCACCUCUCAUUUCUGUCCAUCCCACUUUCCCCCACCCAUUCCUCCACCCCCCAGUGGAGUUGGGCAUAGCGGACAAGGAGACGUGGAAGAUGCUGCUGCACCUCGCCAGCGAGCACGGCCUGCGGGAGAAGCGCCAGAACCUGCUGCGCGGCCAGCUGUCCCUGAUCCAGCUCAAGUUCCGCUUCUAUGGCCCGCCACGCCUGGCGCUCAUGAUGGCGCUGGCGCCGCGCAUCGCCCCCAAGAUGGAGCAGGCCACGCGCCUCAAAAGCGCCUCCAUUGCUGGGGGGGGCGGGGCAGGGGCGGACGGUAUGGCGCGUGUGGACAGUAAUAACACUCUGGAGGGGGAAGGGGGGGGUGCGGUGCAGCAUAAGGGUCUGUCACGGAGUAAGAGCAAGGCGGGGCGGCGGGGGGUGAACUUUGAUGUGGGGGGGAAGGGUGCGGCGACCACGACGCCCAAGGGCGGGGGAGGAGGGAUGACGAGCCCGAGAGGCAAGGGCAAGGCGGAUGGGCUUGACCGCCGGACAGACCGCCUCGUGAGAGCAGGCAAGGGCAAGGCGGAUGGGCUUGACCGCCGGGCAGACCGCCUCGUUCAAGCAGAGCCGGUGCACCAUCAGGCGAGGAAGGAGGGCGAGGCGGGCGUGAGGGUGCUGAGGGGGCACAGUGCAGCGGUGACAGCGCUGCACGUGGGGUCCGUGAGCGACCUGGGCGACCUGCUCUCCGGCUGUGAUGACGCCGGCUACUUCGUCUCCGGCUCCGCUGACCGCACUGUGAAGCUGUGGAGUGCGAACCGUGUGGGCGCAGAGAUGCGUGCCACCAUGCGAGGUCACGAGGGCACGGUGCGCGCCAUCUCGUCAAAUGCGAGCAGCAUCCUGUCAGGUGGAGACGACUGCAAGGUGCUGCAUUUCGACAAGCGCACCUCGCUGCCCCUCGCCACCCUCGACGCCCACACUGCCCCUAUCUCCUGUGUGCGAUUCCUCUCCGGCUUCGCGCGCAGUGCAGCAGUGACAGCAGGGCUGGACGGGCUGGUGGAGGUGUGGGACAUGCGCUCGCACCGCCGCGCUCUCACCGCGGCGCAGCCCGCACAGGGUGCUGCCGUGCUGUGCCUCAGCUGGCACGAGGACGCGGGAGGGCUCAUUGCCACAGGGCACACUGACGGCACGGCGCGGGUGUGGGACAUGAGGGCGGGCAGGGAGAUGCACUUCCUCGAGGCACACAGCAACUGGGUCAGCUGUGUGUUGGUCAACAAGGACAUCAUCAUCACGGGCAGCCACGAUUGGACGGCCAAGAUCUGGUCCGUGGAGACGGGCGACUGUGAGAAGAUCCUGACCGCACACGGCGGGGCAGUGAGCACCAUGGACUACUGCACAUCAUCGCACCGCCUUGCCACCGGGUCGGCAGACGGCAUGGUCCGCAUCUGGAAGAAGGAGGACGACCAGUACAUACCGCAGGAGACGAGUGGGUCGUCGUCAUCAGAAGCAGUGGUGGCGGUGCGGCUGAUGGACGAGGUGACAGGCGUGGCCACCGCCAGCAACCAGCUCAUGUUCCUCGAAUUCACCGACGCUGAUGGCCGCGUUGGUGGCACCGGCAGCGGCGGCGGUGACCCGUCCACGUGGGCCGUCAGCAAGAUGGUUGCCAACAUGCCCGAUGUGGUGCGACACGUGGCAGUGGAUCUGGACUAUGGCCGCAUGUGCAGCGGCUCCCACACGGGCGCCAUCCGCAUUUGGGACGCAUUCCCCGAGGCCGCAGGGGCGGCAGCGGCGGCUGUAGCAGCAGGGCUGGGCGGCGUGCCGGCUGCAGCAGCGCCCAGCAAGUAUGACCUCACUGGCGUGUGGGACAGCUUGGAUUCCUCUGCAGCGCCGGCGUGA